CCCGGUUGUGCUGCUCUGAUGUCGGAGGUGGACGUCUCUGCGGACCGCGUCCCCUGCCGUUCCCCUGGACGGACAGAGGACGUACUGAAAGAGAACCAGGAGAACAGGACUUUGCUCAUGGUGGCCAUGAUUUUACUGGACUUGAAGAAGUGCGGCCCGGACGCCCUGGGCGCCGGGGCCGGCAGAUGUCUCGGGGGCAGCGAAGUUGGCCCCCGGGCGGAGGAGGAAGAAGAGGAGGAGGAGGAAGAGGAGGAGGGCGGCAGCCCGGAGGCCCCCCCGCGGCCCCGGCACAAGCCGCGGGCCCGGCAGGACUCCCCCGAGAAGAGGCACCGCUGCCCCUUCGCCGGCUGCGGGAAGAUGUACGGCAAGUCGUCCCACCUGAAAGCCCACCUGAGGGUCCACACCGGUGAGCGCCCCUUCCAGUGCACCUGGCCGGACUGCAGCAAGAAGUUCUCCCGCUCAGACGAGCUGACGCGCCACUACCGGACGCACACGGGCGAGAAGCGCUUCAACUGCCCGCUGUGCGACAAGUGCUUCAUGAGGAGCGACCACCUCACCAAGCACGCCCGCCGCCACGCCGGCUUCCACCCCAGCAUGCUGCAGGGCUCCAACGCCGCCAAGAGACGCCGCUGCUCCAUGUCCUCCUCGGAUUCCGGGGACCAAAGCCCCGCUGGAGUGUGACCCACCCACCCACACAUUAUCCACACUGUCACACAGGUGCAUGUGGAUACCGAAGCGUACAAACCUUCAUCUGUGUUUGGUAGACCUUUUCAUGAAAACUGUCAAUGGGGAGGGGGGGGGGGGAAAUAUCUAAACCCGCCAGAUCACAGUCCAGGCAGUUUUUCUUUGGCACAUUUAAUGUUGUGCAACUGCAAAUAGUGACAUUUGGAACCUGAGUGUAGUCAAACUACAGCUCACGGUCUUAUUCCCUGAGAUAACUCGCAUUCUUUAAGGGGUGACUCAGGAUCUGUCAGGAAGGUUGAGUUCUUUUGCUUCAUCUAAUUGGUGCAUAAAUUCUUCUUUUUUUCCCCUGAAUGAGUAAAGUGGUUUUCGCGCAUAUGUACAGUAUUGCAUUUUAUAAACACUACGUGUGUUCACUUUGCCUCAAACUUCAUUUCAAGAUGAAGACAGCAACAUGUAGAGUAGUCAAUAAAAUAUUACAGUGGACUGAUUUCUGGUCUGUUGAGAAAUGUUGAAACUAGUCCUUUAGUGAAUGUUAACUAUUGUAUCAUACACUUUUGUACAGUUGCUUUUAGGUCCAGGACUAAAUGAAUGCACAGUUUAGCAGUAUUACCGUGUAAAUACAAACAAUAUACUGGAUGAGCUGCUUAGCAUAUUGUAGUUGAGUGUAAUUAGAGAAUAAUAAGAAAACUGUAUAAAUAUAGAGAUACAGAGCUUACCUAUUUAAUUUUAUAUAUUUGGCUUUGGACUUACUUGUGUGUUAUAUGCUUUUGUGUGUGUUUGUUGUGUUGAAAUUGAAUUGUUUUCAUAUAGCAAUCAACUUGCAUAUACAUGUACCAAAUACAUUUACACAACUUUAGAAAGACAUAAAAACAUGAGCCACUCUCACGGGGAGUCACACCUCAGUAUUUGUGUUCAGACUUGAAUUGUGCGCAGGGCAAAAUAACAGGGUAAAGCCAUUUAAAAGUUGGACCCGUCACUUUUUUUGUGCUUGAAGCUGAAACACUUCAGCAUUAAGACUGGUGAUUUACGUUUAGUGUAAGUCUGUGCCUUUUGACGGGUUUUUUAAGCAAAGGGGACUUUAUACAUUUUCAUCAUGUUUCUGGGGGAAAACACCACUUGAAUGAACAUUGUCACGUUCUUUCUGUUGCUUUUCAUAGAUACUUUAACGAUCAGUAGAUCGAUUACUGUCUCUGAUACCAAUGGUGCCGGUUUCUGUAUGCUGAAACUUCACGUGUUCGUGCGCUGACUGCAUUUUAUACUGUGUUUCAUGUCGAUCAAGCCUACACCCCCAAGCGGUGACACGGAAGCACAACAUUUCUCACACUGACAAAAUACAAGACCUGCUUAUUUGUUCUAGCACUUUAAGGUCUGCCCUCAUCGUUAGAUAGUUCGUCUGUGACUCGUUUCCAUCAUGUAGCAUGCUCUUAUGCAUUUAUUUGGUACAGUUCAUUUCCUUUGUCUAGUAAUCUUUUGUAAUGUAACUAAUGGAAUGAGAGGUCUUAUUGUUUCACUAUGUGAGCCGGAUGCAUCGCUGAUGUCAUUAGUUUCUUUUUAUAUUUCUCACGAUGCAUUCAAACGUCCAGGUGGAGAAAUGUAGUUGUAGGAGACGGACUGCAUUCAGUUGCUAAGUGAAACGAUGUUUUUCUUUUGUGGCAUUAUAACUGUGAUUAGAUGCUGGUGCCUGUCAGGUUGAAGCCCUUUCUUCUGACGCUACUGUUCUGUAAUCAGGGACUGACAAUGCAAACACUAUGUUAUUGCAAUAUACAUAGCUAUGUAAUAAUUACUGCUCAAGGUUUAAACAUUAAAAUACCUUUUUUCC